GGUAUAAUUAGGAUCACACCGUCAUGUGCAGCCGUAAAUCUUAAACUGUGUACAGCGGUCUUGUAAAAGACUCCCAUAUAUCGAUUUGUUAAAGGCAGGCGUUGGCAUUGCUUAUCGUAGUCUAUAUGUAAUACGACCGUUCAUUGUUAGCUCCCUAGCUUCUAUAGUGGCUGCUAAGCUACAGUAGGAUAUAGCUGGUCCAGGCUAUUCUCUUUUUUCUGAAAGCAAACCGAACUCCGUCGAAAGAAUGCGAAGACUCACUGGAAAUUAUUCUAAGCGAGGAUGAAGCGAAUAUGAUAACCGCCGAUGGCCUCCCGAAGCUUGAGGCGACUCCGGCUGCAACACGGCCAUCAGAGAUGCUCCAUCUCCUCUCGGCGGUCUUCGUGUGGCUGGUGACGGGGACCACGAUAUCCAGUCUUAACAAAUGGAUCUUCGCCGUGUACAACUUCAGGUACCCGCUACUACUAUCGGCGCUGCACAUGCUGACGGCCAUAGUGGUGGACUACGGGCUGAUCAAGUUCAGGCUGGUCCAACACAGGGCGAGCGGUGAACAGGACCUGACGGCCAGCGCCAAGUUUAAGGUCUUUUUGCUCAGCCUGACAUUCUGCGCCAGCAUAGCAUUCGGCAACGUCGGUCUCAACUACGUCCAGCUCUCCUUCGCUCAGAUGAUAUACACCACCACGCCGAUCUUCACCCUGGCUAUCUCCACACUGGUGCUUGGCAAGCAGCACCACAUCCUGAAGUACACGGCUAUGAUGCCCAUCUGCCUGGGCGCCUCUUUCAGUGUCAUGGGCGAGGUCCAGUUUGACCAGACCGGCUGCUUGUUCGUGUUCGCCGCAACCAUGCUACGGGGAGUCAAGAGCAUUCAGCAGAGCAUCCUGCUCCAGGAGGAGAAGAUAAACUCGGUGUUCCUGCUCUACCUGAUGUCCAUCCCCAGCUUCCUCAUCCUGGCGGUGGCGGCCCUGGCGCUGGAGAACUGGGCGGGCCUGGGCUCCCCGCUGCAGUACGACCGGAGGCUGUGGCUGCUGAUCGUGCUGAGCUGCCUGGGCUCGGUGCUGUACAACCUGGCCAGCUGCUGCGUGAUUUCGCUGACGUCGGCGGUGACCCUGCACAUCCUGGGGAACCUGAGCGUGGUGGGGAACCUGCUGCUCUCGCAGCUGCUGUUCGGGAGCCAGCUGUCAGCGCUGAGCUGCGCGGGCGCGGCCCUCACCCUCUCCGGCAUGCUGCUGUACCAGAACUCCGAGGUCAUCGGCCGCUUCCUGCACCGCCGCCGCGCCCAGCCGCCCGGGGAGGGCCACGCCGACCACCGCCAACCCCACGGAAAGAUGGACUGA